ACCAAACACGCGAAUUUCGCUGAUGACCAAAUGCGACCCUGCCUAAGCUGUGAACAAGGCUGUGCAAGUACUCUUGUACCUGCACCACCGCCUUGGAGAAAAAAAAAACUGUCAAGAGAAAUUUAGUCUUUCGCCAUUGUGCUCUUAGCUCAACGCAACCCCGUCCAACUUUACAGCCUCUCUGUUCUUCUCCCUUGGGCUGCAAACUCAAUUCACCUGCGGGCACUCUGCUAGACUCAAAAGAUCAUCAUGGACGUCACGGCUGAUGGACGAAACGACGCCUUGGCUGACGGCCGGCGCAUCUACUUAGGCAACCUCCACUAUGUGCUCAAGUCCGAGGACAUUGAGGAGUUUCUCAUUGCCAACGGCUUUGACGACAUUGAGAACAUCCACAUGUCCAUUGACGCCGUCAGCAACCGCAACCCGGGCUACUGCUUUGUGGACUUUGCCCAGCGAGCAACUGCUGAGCGCGCUCUCACCUCGCUCCAGGCAUCGCUCCGCGGCCGUGAGAUCAAGGUCGGCCCGUGCGAGCCUAGGAAGAAGCGCAAUGAGAACGGCCGCUCUGGCUUCCAGCAGCGAACUGGUGACUGGAGAGGUGCGCCCGCUGGCGAGGAUGCCCAGCAGUACCAGAACGACCAGCGGCCCCGUGGCGGCUUCAACCGCUCCGAGGAGGUGGUUGAUGAGUCCCAGGGAAAGCGCCUGUAUGUUGGCGGCCUGGCCAAGAUGGGAGACCAGGACCAGAACAACCAAGAGGUGAUGGGAAUCUUUACCGGAUUCAACCCCUCGUAUAUUGGCAAGCGCAUUGCCCCCCAUGAUAGCACCAGAAGCCCUGCUGGAACCUACUACUACUGCUUUGUUGACUUUGAGACCAAGGAGGAGGCCGAAGCCGCCAUGCAGGCCCUCGACGGUGCCGCCUACGAUGGAGGCGUGCUGAAGGUUUCACUGGCCAAGAGAAACGACAGACAGUCCACCCGCACCAACGCGACACCGGAUCGCAACGGCCAGGGACGUGGCUGGUCACGCCCAUCCAACCCCCGACCCGAGGGCGGAUUGCCGCCGGCGGCCAGGGCCAUGGGAUCCAACAACUGGAGGAAGCGAGAUGCUGAGUAGAUGACGACGACACACACACGACUUCUUCCGCCCGCUACCACCACCACCACCACUACCACUGCCAUAGCGAAAAUUGGAGUGAGGGAACGAGAGAGGAGACUUCAGACGAGGUCGUAGUAAUGCUGAGACAAAAAAUUUCACUUGGGAGCAUCAUGUAUUAAUUCAUUUAUUCUUAUGUAUUUGUUCCUUUUACAGACAAAAAAUGGCAGAAUGCGGGGUAUCACGACGAGCAAAUAUGACAUGAGUUGGCGUUGAGCUGAGCUGAGUUGCGUU